UUUUAUACACUUACGGCCAUGCAAGGGUAUCGCCACCAAUGGCCGCCAUCAUUUCUGUUGUUGUUGUUGUUGCAGUUGUUGCGAAGUUCGGGCGAAGCUUUGAAUGGAAGAGCCGUGAAGCCGUCAAGCCUCUAAAACAACAAGCAGCAUUAGUAAUGCGACAGUCUGUUCGUGGAGACGCUGCACAUGUUUGGAUCGGGUGGCAUUCAUAAGGCCGACCACUGAGUAGUGUAACGUCAGUUGAGGGUUCUCCUGCAAGUAGGACAAUCUUCUCCAGGAGCAAGACAGGGACGAAGAUCCCAUGUUCGAGUGCACAUUUAGAAAAACGAGGUUUGAGCUGCAUGAACCGGGGCAACAGCUCGGAUAGGACACAUGAAAGCCUCAGGGUGACUCUUCAAGUGAAUAUACAUUCAUAGAAGUGAGAACGGAGCCUUAUGACGACGCUGUUUUAGCCGGGCGGAACCAAAUGGGACACCGCCUUGACUCACGAUCACAAGUUUCAGAAGCAAGGGCAGGCACUGGUAUGCUCCAUAUUAAGGAUGAGCCCAAAGACAUUUGUGAUCCAGUGUCCUCAGAUGGCAACUCUUCAACUGCACGGUUCACCGCCGAUGCAACGGCGGGUCAACCUGCAUUCUUCAACACUGCCCCAGUCUCCGUGAACGGUCAACCCGCAGAACCCGAGCCCGGAAACAUCGUUCCAGGCAAUGGCGAGAACCAAGACGCGGGUGAAACGUCGAUCUCCGACCACGAGGUGGACGGGCUGUCGUGCAAGUGCGACCUCUGUCCCGCAGAGUUCUGCAACACAAAGCACCUGCGGCAACACAAAAGGACACACGCGGGCGAGAAGCCACACAAGUGUGACCUCUGCCCUGCAGAGUUCAGCCGCGGAACGCACCUGCGGCGCCACAGGCACACACACACGGGUGAGAAGCCAUACCGGUGUGACCUCUGUUCCGCAGAGUACAAAGACAGCACCAACCUGCGGCGUCACAAACAGUCGCACACGGGCGAGAAGCCAUUCAAGUGCAACCUGUGUCCCGCAAAGUUCACCCACCCGUACCGUCUGAAGUCUCACGUACGGACUCACACCGGCGAAAGGCCGUACAGGUGCGUUCUCUGUCCUGCAGAGUUUAGCCACAGCACAAACCUGCGGCGUCACGUUCGGACACACACGGGAGAGAAGCCGUACAAGUGCGAUCUCUGUCCUGCAGAGUUCAGCCAGAGCACGUACCUGCAGCGUCACAAGCAGGGACACACGGGAAAGGAACAGUACAAGUGCACGCUGUGCAGUGCCACGUUUGUCCGCCGCGAGCACCUGGCACACCAUCUGGACACGCACCUGCAGGGAUCUGUACAAGUGCAGGAAGUGCAGCCGUGACGUGUCCGUCCGCCAUGAACAACAGCCGAUAUGUGUGCACACAGGGGCGAGAAGCCAUACAAGUGUGAUCUCUGUCUUGCAGGGUUCAGCUAGAGAACGCAGGGACAUACGGGAACAUUACAGGGGCAGCUGUGACAUGUCUAUCCGCAACGAACUACCCGAUGCACCGUAUGUGUGUGCAUACGGGCAAGAAGCCAUACAAGCGUGAUCUCUGUCCUGCAGAGCUGACCACGCACUGUGGUGUGACCACAACCUACUACAUUAUAGCGACCAUGUCAUACCCCUUCCCAGCGCUGCAUUAGGAGGCUAGGGGUGGCGCUACUCAUCGGCCCGGUUAUUGCUUCCUCAAUUUCUACAAUACUUUGUUCUUCAGCUUAUCCUUAGUAUUGUCGUACAAGUUGCAGAUGUCCCGCGACAGAUGCUUCUUUCUAAAAUACAUUAUCAUCAUCAUUAUACGCGUUUUGAUAGGAGCUGUUGCUGUCGUCUGCUACGGUAGUCGUACGUCUGCUUCUGUGCGUUCAAAAUUCAAAUUUCCAUUGUCCAGUCGUGAUGUAGAUCCUGCGGACCAAUGUGUACUGCCCCUUAGCGGAUCGUGCAGACGGGCUCGUCAUAGGGGUUGCCGAUUAUGACAUGGUCGUUAUAAUCUAGUAGGUCGUGGGUGCGACAAACCUAUGCCUCCAUGUACUACACCAGGCCUGAAACCUGCUAAGAAAAAGCCGUGCCACACGUACUUCACUCACCCGCCACAUUGACGCUGUCGACAUGGUCCACAAAGCUGGGAAGCAGACUGCGAUCCACUACGAGAAACACUUAUUGGCUAGUUACACUAGUUACACUGCCUUGGAUAAUUUUGUUUUCGAAUAUUCUGCAAAAAAAAAAAAAAAGAACAUGAUUCAGAGGGGAACGGCAGAUUCCACGGGGAAAGCUAUGAGCUCUCGGUAUAAUACAUGGAGGCCUGGGACACACACAAGGGAAGAAGGCCGUCCAAGUGCACCCUCUGUAGUGGCACACUUGUCCUCCGUGGCCACCUGGUGCGCCACAUGGAAGCCAUACAACUGUCACAAACAGGGACACACAUGAGAGAGGCUGCACAGGUGCCCACUCUGUUCUGUCAAAUGUCCACAACCAAGGGACCUAGGAGGCAAAUGGUAACACAUAGAGAGAGAAAACAGGGUUAAAACACAGGCUGUACAGAUAUGCAAGCUGUAUCCCGCCGUGCUUCAUUCCUGAACUAACUGAGUCAACCCUUGAUUUAUGAACGAUUAACGUCGCUGGAAAAAUCGUUCUCAAAUUGAGGCAUUUAUAGAUCGAGGUUCGGAAUGAGGAAGAGGAUGUGUUUUGUCCCAGAGGGCACCAUUCAUAAAGCGAAGGAAUUUGUAGAUCAAGGGUUCGUAAAUUGAGAGCUGACUAGUCAACCCUCAAUUUACGAAUUUCCUCGCUUUAUGAAUGGUGUCGCCUGGGACAAGACAAUUCCCCUUCCUCAUUGCAAACCUCGAUUUAUGAAUCCCUCAAUUUAUAACCGUUUUGUUAGGAACGUUGACCUUUCAUAAAUCGAGGGUUGACCAGGGUCGAGCAUUAGUAUAGCAAACGUAACACAUCUUGGUCACAGUGUAAGAAUAGAAGACGGUUUAAUCCAACCCGAACUCUGCAGCUGAUAGCCAUUUGUCUGAAGUUUUAUUGGAAUUUUUUGCAAGCAUUACAUGGUCAUGUAAUGGUCAUGGUCAAUUUUUUACAAAUUACAAAAUCUUUGCAUUUUGUGAAAGGCCUGCAGAGUUUGAAAAAUGUGAUAGAA